GACUUAUACUGUAGCACGCCGGCAAACCUGAAAACACAACUCACACAUAUGGCCGUGACAGCAGCAGCGAAAUGUCCUGGCAUUAGAAAGUGGUUAAUGAGACAGUAGUCUGUAGACACGUUCACUAGUUAACAUGUCAGAAGAGUCAAACAGAGCAGAUGUGUCAGAGAAACCUCCGCCUCCGAACUGGAUCCUUCAGCACCCAACAUAUCAGCACAUGAAGAGUCUGGAGGUUGAGGACAGUGCACAAGUACACGUAGCUUUCCUCGUGUACAUGGAUCUUACCGAAGUGCGUCAAUGGAAAGAGGUGUCUUGUGUCAAGAGUCCUGAGCUGCAGGUGGUUUUGCUGGAAGGGAGGGAGAAGGAAGGAGCACCUGUCCAGACAGUUCUUCCACUGCCUGCUCACCGAUCUCUGAGCCACAAAAGCAUACGUCAGGUUCUGGACAGAGGCUUUCCCAUGCUGUUGUGUGCAGUAGCUUCUGACUCCACCCUUGUCUACCAGAGGAUGACAGAUGGGUUGGUGACACCGGACCCUCCCGCUGGCCCCUUCCAGGAUUUGGGACGCCGGCAGCACCGGAAGAGACGGCAGAAGCACUGACCAGCUGGAAUGAGAAGACACCUUGGUGUUGUUGGUGAAACAUAGAAGAGCAGGAUGGGACAGGCAGUCGGGUCUGUCUGUGUAAGCCGCUCCUAAAAAAAAUAAAAAUACAAAGGUGUACUGAGAACAUCGCAGCAGGUGCAAAUGGUCCGAACCACAGUGCCCUUCUAGGUGCUCUCAGUAAGAAACAACCAGCUGCAUCCAACCAGUGAAGUCGAGUUCAGUGGUUCCCAAUGUUUUGGCUUGUGACUCCUUAAAACUUUUGACCCAGUAUGUGGUUACAUGCUUUCCUCAAAACCUUCGUGCUGGACCUGAUGAGUUGGAUCCCAAGGCAUAAACAAUUUGUUUUGGAUACAUCACUACUAGAGCCUGACUGAUUCUUGAUUUUUUUUUUUAGGCUGAUACAAAUAUUGGUAUUUGGAAGUUCAAAAAAUGUAUUGAUUAUUAAGACAUACUUUUUAUUAUCAUAAAGAUUUUUUGUAUUUUAUUUUGUUAAUUCCUUUAAAGGCGCUGUACUCGAUAUCCAGCAUGUUGUUAUAGCAGUAAACAAAUAUUUUCUAUGGAAAAAUAUAGUGGAGUAAAGGCAUCCUGAGCAGAGAAUGAAGUCACACUACCUCCGUG